GUUAAACAAAAAGUAUAAAGAUGCUCAGACAAGUAAUGCACCAUUUGAAUCGUAAUAUUUCAUUCAAUCGACAAAUUACAACAACAAUACUACCCACUGUGAGACGCAGAUUUGCAGUGUCCACUGUACAGCGUUUAACAACCCGCCUUCCUGAUAGUGUUGAAUCGGCCGAUGCGGAGGAACCAACAACUUUCGCCGUUUUGCCCAACGAUUCUGAAGCUUCGGAAAGAGGUCCGGGAUAUAUUAUACCAUAUCCUGUUGAGCAAGAAAAACGCCAACGCUUUUCACUGGUUGAGGCAUUGCGAACACGCUACAGGCUAACAGAUAAUGACAUAGAAUGUAUAGUAAAAGAUGAAGUGGUAAAGCGGUCAUUUCACCAUCGCUCACUGGCGCACACCCUGGAAAUGCUUUGCUUAGAAGGAGUAACAAAAGAAAGUUUCUUGAACUAUCCAUGGCUUAUAACGCUCGACAAAGUGCGUUUAAAAGACAAGCUAGCGCUGAUACACACCCUUCCUGUGCGUGAUAUUAACCACUUUGUGCCAUUUUUACGUUUGACACUGCCGAGGCUGCGUAAAUUAGUGUCGAUUAUGAAUCGGGAGGCGAAUGCUAUACCACAAAACAAUCGAAUUUACUACAUCAGUGAGAUGCUAAAAACCGAUCCCAAACUUGUUACGAAAUAUUUGUCCAAACGUUUGUUUAUCUUGGAAAUGCCUUUUGACAUGCUGGAGCAGAAUCUCAGUCAUAUGAUCACAUACAAUGUUUCUCCACAGAGUAUUUUGAAAGACCUCUGGGCUUUUAGAUAUACGCCAAAAUCUGUGCAACUGCGUUUGGAACGAGCGAAACGCGCUAAAAAAGACAAAAUUAUGCCGUGGAUGAUACGUUGCCCAGAGCCCAUUCUGCAAAGGUCAUUUAAGCUUACGUUAGACGAGCUUGCUGUGCUGGGGGAGAAAAAAAAUGUGGUCGAAUACGUGGCAGAACGCUUGGGAUUUGAUGUGAACAGCACGAGAUGUAUAAUGGAAAGGCAUCCAGCUGUUAUGCGAGUACGCGUGACAAAGAUAAAGGAAGUGCUAGACUACUUGCUAUUGGAAGCGGGUUUUACUGCUCAUGAAAUUGCGAAUGUGCCGCGUAUUCUAUGCCACGGCUUAGAAACGACGAAGCAACGCAUAGAGGAAUUAAAAUCCUAUGGUUGUCGACCAUCAACUUUGGUAAUUGUGUGUCGCAGCAAACGUGAAUACGAUAAGUUUGUAAAAACUUGGCUCGAAUGUCAGACUAAAAUGCAUAAACAAGAAGGCAUAGAUAAAAAUGUUGAAGCGGAAAUAUCAUAGCAUAUUAGUUGGUAGCAAACACAUUAAUCAUUUUGUUCUGUUUUACUUUUUGUGCAUGUACAUAAAUAAAAUUUAGUUCCUUAAGUUGUAAAAACCAAUAAUAUGCUUGAUGUUAGUUUGCUUGAAA